UGGUUGGGUGUUCGCUUGCGGUUCUGGGCGUGCUACUGCCUGCUGACUGCUGCGCUGAGUGACCAACUCCAAGAGUGUCUUCUCGACGCAGCCAUGGCCAGCGCCAAGAAGCUGCAGCUGCAGGAGAGGGUUCCCAUUGGCCGCACGGCGUGGAAGCUGGCCGACCUCGUCGUUCUCUCCCUCCUCCUUGCCCUCCUCGCCAGCCGCACCGCCUCUCUAGCCAGCGGCGCUGCGCCGCCGUGCUGGCUCACCGCGCUUGUCUGCGAGUCGUGGUUCACGCUCGUGUGGCUCCUCAACAUGAACGGCAAGUGGAACCCCGUCCUGUUCGACACGCACCCCGAACGCCUCUCCGAGAGGAUCGACGAGCUGCCGGCGGUGGACAUGUUCGUGACGACGGCGGACCCGAAGCUGGAGCCACCGGUGGUGACGGUGAACACGGUGCUCUCACUGCUCGCGGUGGACUACCCGGCCGGCAAGCUGGCGUGCUACGUCUCCGACGACGGCUGCUCGCCGGUGACGUGCUACGCUUUGCGCGAGGCCGCGGAGUUUGCCAAGCUCUGGGUGCCGUUCUGCAGGAGGCACGUCGUCGGGGUCAGGGUCCCCUUCGUCUACUUCUCCUCGGGGCCGGAUUACGGCGCGGCCAGUCACGAGCUCUUGGCCGAAUGGACAUCCAUGAAGAGCGAGUAUGAGAAGCUGGUCAGCCGGAUCAAGAACGUCGACGAGGGCUCCCUCGUGCGGCGCGGCAACGGCGAGUUCGCUGAGUUCUUGGGUGCUGAGCGCACGAACCACCCGACAAUAGUCAAGGUCCUGUGGGACAACAGCAAGAGCAGGGCAGGAGAAGGGUUCCCGAGUCUCAUCUACAUCUCAAGGGAAAAGAGCCCCAGAUACCGCCACCACUUCAAGGCCGGGGCCAUGAAUGUCCUGACAAGGGUGUCCGCCUUGCUGACCAACGCGCCCUUCAUGCUGAACGUGGAUUGCGACAUGUUCGCAAACAACCCGCAGGUCGUGCUUCACGGCAUGUGCCUCCUGCUGGGGUUCGAUGGCGAGGUCCACAGCGGGUUCGUGCAGGCGCCGCAGAGAUUCUACGGCGCCCUCAAGGAUGAUCCUUUUGGGAAUCAGAUGGAGGUUAUAUUUAAGAAACUUGGAUUUGGAAUCGCCGGACUUCAGGGCAUGUUCUACGGUGGGACGGGUUGCUUUCACCGAAGGAAAGUCAUUUACGGCUUGCCACCGGACUCCACCACAGAUGACAAACCCAGAAGGACAAAAGGUUCACCGUCUUACAAGGAGCUGCAGAUGAAAUUUGGCGGUUCAAAACAAUUGAUAGAAUCAGCUAGGAGUGUCAUUUCUGAAGACGUGCUCGCAGCAGCGCCAAUGGUAGAUAUAUCGAGUCGCAUCGAGGUGGCAAAGGAGGUGUCUGCCAGCAACUAUGAGAUCGGCACAUGUUGGGGUCAGGAGGUUGGCUGGGUUUAUGGGUCGGUGACGGAGGACAUUCUUACCGGGCAGCGCAUCCAUGCUGCUGGCUGGAGAUCGGCACUCUUGGAAACGGACCCGCCGGCGUUCCUAGGUAGCGCACCGACCGGAGGGCCGGCCAGCUUAACCCAGUACAAGAGAUGGGCAACAGGCCUUUUGGAGAUAUUCCUAAGCCGCAAUAACCCGUUCCUUCUCUCUAUCUUCAAGCAUCUCGAGUUCCGGCAAUGCCUUGGUUACCUGGUCCUCUACAUUUGGCCGGUAAGAGCGUCUUUUGAGCUCUGCUAUGCGCUGCUGGGACCUUACUGCCUCCUUGCAAACAGAUCUUUUUUGCCAAAGGCAUCAGAACCUGGUUUCAUCGUCCCGUUAGCCCUAUUCUUGACCUUCAACCUAUACUACCUCAUGGAGUACAUGGACUGCCGGCUCUCGGCCCGCGCCUGGUGGAACAACCACAGGAUGCAGCGGAUCGUCUCAGCCUCCGCCUGGCUCCUCGCGUUCCUCACCGUGCUCCUCAAGACCCUGGGCCUCUCCGAGACGGUGUUCGAGGUCACCCGCAAGGACCAGAGCACACCCGACGGCGACGCCAGUGCCAACGACGCCGACCCCGGGCGGUUCACCUUUGACUCGUCGCCGGUGUUCAUCCCCGUGACAGCGCUCACAAUCUUGAACAUCGUCGCGAUCGCCGUCGGAGCAUGGCGGGCGCUCGUCGGCGCGGCGGAAGGCGUGCCCGGUGGCCCGGGCGUCGGGGAGUUCGUAUGCUGCGGCUGGCUGGUGCUGUGCUUCUUGCCGUUUGUGAGGGGACUCGUGGGCAAGGGAAGCUACGGCAUCCCAUGGAGUGUCAAGCUGAAGGCUGCUCUGAUCGUGGCCGCGUUCCUGCACCUCUGCAGAAGAAAUUAAUAUUCGCGGCAUCGAAAGCCUAGUUUCAUCCCUGCUCAGAAUUACGAUAGUAACAGUAAGGAAGCAGAAACUACGUACGGAAUUGGAUCGAGCAACAUGUCUGCAGCUCCAUUAAUUCAUCAAAAUACUACAACAUGUUUGACGUCAGAUUGUACUUGUACGGUUUGAAAAUAAUUCUUGCAGAAGAAUGUAAAGCAAAGAAAAGGUAUCCCCCGUUUUGUUCAUUGAAUAAAACGCACAUACAUGUUAUCUA